UUAACCAACUGAGCAACCCAGGUUUGGGGUCCUGAGGCUGCCAGCGGACUAUGGGUACUACGGCCAGCACAGCCCAGCAGACGGUUUCGGUGGGCGCCCCCUUCGAGGGCCUCCAGGGGGGCGGCACGAUGGACAGUCAGCACUCACUCAGUGUCCACUCCUUCCAGACCACAGGCUUGCACAACAGUAAGGCCAAGUCCAUCAUCCCCAACAAAGUGGCCCCCGUCGUGAUCACGUACAACUGUAAGGAGGAGUUCCAGAUCCAUGAGGAGCUGCUCAAGGCCCAUUACACGCUGGGCCGGCUCUCAGACGCCACCCCCGAGCACUACCUGGUGCAGGGACGCUACUUCCUGGUGCGGGAUGUUGCUGAGAAGAUGGAUGUACUGGGCACUGUGCGGAGCUGUGGGGCCCCCAACUUCCGGCAAGUGCGGGGUGGCCUCACCGUGUUUGGCAUGGGACAGCCCAGCCUCUCUGGUUUCAGGCGGGUCCUCCAGAAACUCCAGAAAGAUGGACACAGGGGGUGCAUCAUCUUCUGUGUGCGGGAGGAGCCCGUGUUGUUUCUGCGUGCUGAGGAGGACUUCGUGCCCUACACGCCUCGGGAUAAGCAGAACCUUCAUGAGAACCUCCAGGGCCUGGGACCUGGGAUCCGGGCAGAGAGCUUAGAGCUGGCCAUCCGGAAAGAGAUCCAUGACUUUGCCCAGCUGAGUGAGAACACGUACCACGUCUACCACAACAUCGAGGACCUGCUGGGGGAGCCCCACGCUGUGGCCAUCCGGGGCGAGGACGAUGUGCACGUGACCGAGGAGGUGUACAAGCGGCCCCUCUUCCUGAGGCCCGCCUACAGGUACCACCGCCUGCCCCUGCCAGAGCAAGGGGCCCCCCUGGAAGCCCAGUUUGAUGUCUUUGUGAGUGUCCUCCGGGAAACCCCCAGCCUGCUGCAGCUCCGAGAUGACCACGGGCCUCCCCCUGCUCUCCUCUUCAGCUGCCAGACAGGCGUGGGCAGGACCAAUCUGGGAAUGACCCUGGGUACCCUCAUCUUGUUUCACCACAGCGGGGCUGCCUCGAGGCCGGAGGCUGUCCCCCUGCAGACCAAGCCACUGCCCCUGGAGCAGCUCCAGCUGAUCCAGAGCUUUCUCCAUAUGGUGCCUCAGGGGAGGAAGAUGGUGGAUGAGGUGGACAGAGCCAUCACUGCCUGUGCCGAGCUGCAUGACCUGAAGGAGGUCAUCUUGGAACACCAGAGGAAGCUGGAAGGCCCCCGGCCAGAGAGCCCAGCCCAGGGAAGCUGCAGCCAGCACGGUGUCCGGCAGAGGGCGCUGCAGAGCCUGGAGCGAUACUUCUACCUGAUCCUGUUUAACUACUAUCUCCACGAGCAGUACCCGCUGGCCUUUGCCCUCAGUUUCAGCCGCUGGCUCUGUGCCCAUCCUGAGCUGUACCGCCUGCCUGUGACUCUGAGCUCAGCGGGGCCUGUGGCCCCCGGGGACCUCGUCACUAAGGGCUCUCUGGGGGCGGAUGACCUCAUCUCUCCAGACGCACUCAGCACUGUCAGAGAGAUGGAUGUGGCCAACUUUCGACGGGUGCCCCGCAUGCCCAUCUAUGGCACAGCCCAGCCCAGCGCCAAGGCCCUGGGGAGCAUCCUGGCCUACCUGACUGAUGCCAAGAGGAAGCUACGGCAUGUCGUGUGGGUCAACCUGAGGGAGGAGGCCGUGCUGGAGUGUGACGGGCAUACCCACAGCCUGCGGUGGCCUGGGCCCCCCAUGGCCUCCGACCAGCUUGAGAACCUGGAGUCCCAGCUGAAGGCCCACCUGAGUAUGCCUCUCCCAGGCACGGGGGGUGCACCGACCCGCAAGUUCCAGACAUGCCUCACGACGCAGGAGGUCUUCACCCAGCACCGUGGGGCCUACCCCGGCCUCACUUACCACCGCAUCCCCCUGCCAGACUUCUGCGCUCCCUGUGAGCAGGAUUUUGACCGACUGCUCGAGGCUCUGCGGGCUGCCCUCGCCAAGGACCCGGGCACUGGCUUCGUGUUCAGCUGCCUCAGUGGCCAGGGCCGGACCACGACCGCCAUGGUGGUGGCCGUGCUCGCCUUCUGGCACAUCCAGGGCUUCCCCGAGGUGGGCGAGGAGGAGCUCGUGAGUGUGCCUGAUGCCAAGUUCACCAAGGGCGAGUUUGAGGUGGUGAUGAAGGUGGUGCAGCUGCUACCUGACGGGCACCGCGUGAAGAAGGAGGUAGAUGCGGCCCUGGACACAGUCAGUGAGACCAUGACCCCCAUGCAUUACCACCUGCGGGAGAUCAUCAUCUGCACCUACCGCCAGGCAAAAGCGGCCAAAUCGGAGCCGGAGGCCGGGAGGUUGCUGCUGCGGGGGCUGCAGUACCUGGAGCGCUACGUGUACCUGGUGCUCUUCAACGCUUACCUCCACCUGGAGAAGGCUGACUCCUGGCAGAGGCCCUUCAGCUCGUGGAUGCGGCAGGUGGCAUCGAAGGCCGGAGUCUAUGAGAUCCUCAACCAGCUGGGCUUCCCCGAGCUCGAGAGCGGGCAGGACCAGCCCUUCUCCAGGCUGCGCUGCCGGUGGCAGGAGCAGAGCCGCCGGCCCGAGCCCUCCGCCUCUGGGGACUUCCUGUAG